GGGUAACUGACGAGCUGAUCGAACCUUAGCUGUGAAACUUGAUUGAAAAUUCUUGCACAAAUCAUUCCCCAUUCUUCGUGAACAAAUAUGAAACCCUAACCCUAAUUCGAGGUCACAAUUCAGAACUCAGUUCAUUCAAUGGAACCAUCAAAUCAAAUAGAUGAAACCGAUCAAAAUGAUGAUUGCUUCUUCGAUGCGCUGGAGGAUUUUCCAUUUCAUGACUGCGUCGUUACCGACCAAUCAGAUCAAUCCACUUCAGACUCCACUCUCUGCGAAACCUCACUUGAAGUUUCGUAUCCGAUCACCGCUCUCCGGCGCCGGUCAUUAUCCGGCCGUGGAAUCUCCGAAACCGGAUCCAAAGAUUCCAAUCCGGAGUCCUCCGGGAUCACUUCAGACAUUACUCAAGCUUACGACUCCAAAACGAAAUACAAAGAGAAAACACACAAAUUUCUUCGCGAUAUAAACGAAAUUGAGAGAGAUUUAUACUUCCCGGAGUCGACUCGGUGGAUUCGAGACGGAGUCGACUCUGUUGGAGUUACGAGCAAAGUAAGCGAUGAUGAGAAGAAGGUGAAAAUGACAGUGAUUGAAGACCGGGUUGGUGAGUCCGUACGCACGGCGGAUGAACUUGAUGACUCAUCCUCUCCAAAUUUGCUUGAGUUUAUAGCUGGAUUGGUUAUUAAGGCAAUUGGCUUUCAAGUUAGUUUAUUUUUCAAAUUUAUUACGUUUCCCCUGUGGACUUUAUAUUUCUCCUAUAUGUUAGUUAUUGAUCCCUUUGGAGUAUUGAGGCGUGGCAGAGGAUUUUUUAUGAAAAAAUUGGUUGGUUUGUUGAAAUUGAUAAGUGGGGUUUUCAGUCCACUGAUAACCGGCUGGUUAAAUGACCAACAUACGAUAUGGAAGCUUUUGGUGCGAUUUGGGUGGGGGAUGUUUUGGUCUUUUUAUGUUUGUAUAGUUUUGUUUGCAUUGGUGGUUUUCUCCAUGGUGGCUAGUGGUUAUUUGAUCAGAAAUUUGGUGGAGAAUCCAGUGGAGAUAAAAGGAGAAUUGAAUUUUGAUUACACACAGAAUAGCCCUGUUGCAUUUGUACCAAUAAUGUCUUGUGGUGGUGUUGGUUGCGGUUUAACUUGUGAAGAAAAGAGUUUGGGGCCACGGGUUAUACCGCCUAAUCAUGAGCUGGAAGUUAAUGUUCUAUUAACAUUGCCAGAGUCUGGAUAUAAUAGAAAUCUUGGGAUUUUUCAGGUCCGGGUGGAUUUCCUUUCUGCAGACGGUACAACCCUUACCAGCAAAAGACAGCUAUGCAUGUUAAAAUUCCGAAGCGAACCUAUCCGCUUCCUACUAACUUUCUUUAAGAUUGCACCUCUGCUCACGGGCUACAUGUCAGAAUCUCAAAUUUUAAAGGUAAAGAUUAGAGGUUUUAAGGAAGGACAUGUGCCUACUUCUUGCCUAAAAGUGAUGAUUGAGCAACGAGCUGAGUUCCAGCCUGCAGGUGGCGUCCCAGAAGUAUAUGACGCCUCCAUUAUACUUAGGUCUGAACUUCCUAUAUUAAAAAGAAUUGUAUGGUGUUGGAAGAAAACCAUGUUUGCGUGGAUCAGUAUGAUGUUUUUUAUAUUAGAAAUGUUGUUUAUCCUAAUCUGUUGUAGACCUGUAAUUAUUCCGAGAACAAGGCCAAGAGAAUUUACUGCUGUCAACAACGCAACACCAGAAAGUCUCUCACAACUAGGUUCGCGGCAAGGUAUUCAUUUGCUUGAUGAUUAUGAUGAGAGUAAAGAAUGAACCUCCAACUGCUGUAGUACAUUUUGUGUACCUCAUAUACUCAUUUUAGGUAUGACACUUGAUCAACUUUUUAAUUAUCUGUACCACAAUGUACAUAUUACCUAUUUAUCAAAGAUUGGUGCUAUUGCCUUGUUAUUGCAUCUUCUUGAUGGCAUGUUGGGCAAUUACCACUAGAUUUCUCACUGAAA